AUGACCAGGCUCCGAGGAGCUUCACUUGACUCUCCGCACCCUCAUUCUAGUGGCGGCGACAGACAGUACUGCCGGUCGAAACUACCCCCAAAUGCGCCUGACAUCAUUGCACAGAACACUGUCGAAGUCUUGGAUCCAUCGCGCGUGCUUCCGUGGUAUCGUGAUGAGCGCAGACGUCGUUUUAACAUCUUAGUACGAAGAUACAAGAACCAGCUUCUCUACGGUUGCGAUGAUCCAGGAUGUCGAACGCCAACAUGCGCCAGUCGGCGUCGUCGGGUCAGCGAAGGCCCAUAUCGUCAGUACACCGAGCUUAGCGCACGAACACUCGCCUGUUACCUCGCCAGUUUAGACGACGCCGAGAACGGACUCUGUUGCAAUAACCCAAAGGCGCCAUCCGAUCUGACGGUCCACGAUUAUCACCGAAUAUCCCUACAGCGAUCACGCGCCUUCCAAGCCCAAGCCGUGGCCGCCGCAACAGCAGCGGAAGAACAGAACAGUUUCCUACGCGGUCCGGAUCGUGAGAGCGGCAAUGCAUUCAAGAGAAGGAUGGAACAAUCGACUUCAACGGAUGCGGCAGGCUCUGACGCAGCGGGGGCGUCGUCAUCUUCGGGAAAUGGACACCCCAGUGGCUAUUACUUUCAAGAUCUUGACUACGCCGCUGAACAGCCAUUAAAAGAUCCGAAAUCAUUUACACAAAACCUCUUCGAUACCUUGUCCCUUCGAAUGGUCGAGUGGCUGCCACUGCGUCGCACUACGGAGUCUCUUUCGCACAAGUUCAAACAACAAUCGUCACAGUCGGAUAAUGCAUCUCAAACAGACCAAGGCAGUGGUUUGCCUGAUAAAGAAAGUGAGAAGGGAAGGCCGAGUCAGGGAAAACCCACCUCUUCGCACUCACAAAAUCCCAAUCCACGUACACCCUCAUCGCGCACAUCGGGAAACCAGACAGCAGUCGAGCUUAAAUUCCAAAAUCAACACGUCAAGCGACUUUCUCUGACAGAAAUGGAUCAAUGGAGGCAAUCGCCGCGCUCAAGCAUGGAGGAAAAGAAACGGCCGGAAUACAAAAGUCGCAAAGUGUCUUUAAAGUCCCAAUUAAACACGAAUGAUUUUGCCACCAUGCCCUCCCCGCCCGCCUUGAAGCAUAGGCCACAGAAGCAUCGAGGAAGGAUUGGCGACAUGGAGAGCACUCGGUCGAAAGACUGCCCUAGGAAUCAGCGUCGCGUCUCUUGGGAUAACCAGAGGAUGAUCAAUCAGCCUUCUUUAGAAGACAGUCCUGGAAAGCCUCUUUUACCACCCCAAAGUGACAUCGAAAUCGAGUCUCCAAGCAACCGAAAAGCCAAAAGUGCACCUCGCAGCCACCUCGCGGAACAGGGCCCAAUGGCUCAGACAGUUUCUCAUCUCACUGCGGAAAUCAUCGAUGGCUUGGGUCAAAUCAUGGUAGAAUCGUCCGAGGACGAAGAGGCUUGGAGAGAAGAAAUCGAUCGCAUUCAGUAUGCAGGAAGUUUUGAUCAUCCGGACUGGCGAUUUGCUACAUCGCGCCAACGCCAGGCCUUCCCAUUUAUAUCACAAAGCGUGUAUUUUGUGUUGGGCAACACUACGCAUAUCCUACGCUCUUUUGGAACAAAUUCAAUACCCAACUCUACAUCAUCUAAAGGAGCUACUGAUAAUCGCCUCGAUGUCUCACGUCUUCAAGGGUCAUUACAAAACCUCUUUACUAUCUGCCCAUGGGAUAUCGCAUUGCAUAGUUUAUGGGGUGCGUUAGACAAGCUGUUCGUCCCCCCAAACGAUUUUUCCUCUUCUGCCCGACACUCCCGUCGUUCUUCUCAUAGCUCUACCAUGACCGGUCCAACUACAGCACCGCCACUCGCUCGGCGUAUCUCUGAGGUUGCAAAUGAAGAUCACCUCUCCGAUGGUGAUGCUGCCUAUAUUGCCACAGUUGCUCUAUUCGCUCUAGUCAGCUCGAUCCCGAAUAUUGAUGUUAGCACAUGGCGUCAAAUUCUCCAAAUGCGUGCUGCAGGUGGUGUAGCUUCAUCAGCUGUCAUGGAGAAAUUAUCUUCGGAUCAGGCUCAACAGGCCAUGGACGCGACUGACAAACUAGAGCAUGAACUAGGCCUUCGAUUGGUCAACCGGCUUGUACGCGCCCUUUGUGCUCGUCUCGCAUAUCAUGAAAUAUCCAAGGCACGUCAGGUCUAUACGCUCGAACUUCCGAAACAACGCAAGAUCAGCGUCCUCGACCGCAUAGUUGAUCAUCUUAGCGAACAUCAUACAUUUCGAAACUCUGGAGCUGAUCACCCAUCUCAUCAACCGACUGGGCCUUCACCUGUUAUUGUGGAAUGGCUCCGAACACUACUUUUACGAGAAUGGGACGGGAAUCCUGAAUUGGCUCGCAGUAGUGCCGCUGGAGGCGCAGUACAAAUAUUGGCUCUGAUGUAUAAAGAACGAAACAGGCUGGGCCUCUCCUCCGAAGACUUCCAUACCCCCCUUCUUGCAGAGCGGCUGGACCCUCUCGAAAUGCCCGUGGCAUGGGUGGGAAGCCUUACGAACAACCGUACAAUACACCUCAUGUCGUACUGUUUCCUUUUCCCGCCUUCUUUUCUUGUCAUUUAUUUCCGAGCUUUGAACUACUCCGCCAUGUCCAAAUACUACGAAGCUGCCAUGACUACUACGAGGCACGUCACUCAAACUGCUUAUAGCAAUACUAUUACGAUUGCCGAUGACUCGUCAUUAUUGCAACGGAUGAAGAUCUCAAUGUCUACCUACUUUGUUCUCAAUGUCCGACGAGACAAUAUCUUAACGGAUUCCUUAAAUCAGCUUUGGCGUCGCGAGAAGCGGGAGUUGAUGAGGCCACUCAAAGUUCAAAUGGGCAUGGAUGAAGGUGAAGAAGGCAUGGACCAUGGUGGUGUUCAACAGGAGUAUUUCCGAGUGUUAAUGGCUGAAGCUCUGAAUCCAUCAUAUGGCAUGUUCACUAUGGACACCCGCCACCACCUUUCUUGGCCCCGCCCUUGCCCAUUGGAGCCAUUGUACAAGUUCGAGCUCAUCGGACUUUUGAUGUCUAUCGCAGUGUACAAUGGACUGACGCUUCCCGUUAAUUUCCCAGUUGCAUUCUACCGCAAGCUGUUGGGUCUCAAGGUGAAGAAACUGGAUCAUAUUCGUGAUGGCUGGCCAGAACUUACCCAGGGUCUUGACAUGCUUCUUUCAUGGAAUGAUGGUGAUGUCGGCGAUGUUUUCAUGCGCACAUAUGAAUUCAGCUUUGAGUCCUUCGGUGGGAUUGAAAAUGUCGAUAUGCAGAAAGUCGGCCGGGAUGCCGUAUGGCCAAAGCCACCGAAGGCUGCUGGUGGAAGCCCUGCUCCAAAAAACAGCGCAUACAUCAAUGCACCCCACUACUUUGAUGCACUGCAAGAGGUCCCAUCUUCUAUGGCGGUUGAGGCAUCUACUCCCACACCUUUGUCGGGGACAGAGGAGACAACGAAACCAGCCUCGGGAUCAUCGCCCCUUCAAUCCCCUUCCCCUCCCUCGGAUGAAGCACCCUUGGUGACCAAUCUCAAUCGACACCAUUUCGUUAAAGAUUACAUCUUCUGGCUGACAGAUAAAUCGAUUCGGCCACAAUUUGAUGCAUUCGUUCGAGGAUUCUACACAUGUCUUGAUCGCUCUGCACUUUCAAUCUUCACACCCGAGGCUCUGAAGGCGGUGGUUGAAGGCCUCCAGACAAUCGACAUUGAUGAAUUACAAAACCACGCGCGAUACGAAGGAGGCUUUGAACCGAGACACCGGGUCAUUCGGGACUUCUGGAGUGUGGUCCAUGGGUACUCUGAUGAGAAGAAGGCAAAGCUUCUGGAGUUCGUCACUGCAACCGAUCGAGUUCCUGUCAAUGGUAUCUCGACUAUCAUGUUUGUGAUCCAGAAGAACGGCGUAGGAGACGAGCGUCUUCCAACUAGUCUCACAUGCUUUGGACGUCUCUUAUUGCCAGAGUAUUCGUCAAAGGAAGCCCUGGCGGCCAAGCUUGACAAAGCCAUCGAUAAUUCAAGAGGAUUUGGCGUAGCAUAA